UCGGAGGCCCCGCCCCGUGACCGGCGGCCCCGCCCCGCCCCGGCCCCGCCCUCCGUGAGGGCUGCCGGGAAGAGGCGGGGAACAAUAUGGCGGAUGGCGAGGAGCCGGAGAAGAAAAGAAGGAGAAUAGAGGAGCUGCUGGCUGAGAAUUGCAGUUGCAAGAGGACUGGACUGCCAAGCUUAAGUUCACAUUCCUUUUAUUUGAAACAUUUUCCACCUUUCGGGGCCGAAGAGCGAGUACAGCGGAAUGGCUGUUGAUGGUGGGUGUGGGGACACUGGAGACUGGGAAGGUCGCUGGAACCAUGUAAAGAAGUUCCUCGAGCGAUCUGGACCCUUCACACACCCUGAUUUCGAACCCAGCACUGAAUCUCUCCAGUUUUUGUUAGAUACAUGUAAAGUUCUAGUGAUUGGAGCAGGCGGCUUAGGAUGUGAGCUCCUGAAAAAUCUGGCAUUAUCUGGAUUUAGACAGAUUCAUGUUAUAGACAUGGACACUAUAGAUGUUUCCAAUCUGAAUAGGCAGUUUUUGUUUAGGCCUAAAGAUGUUGGAAGGCCUAAAGCUGAAGUUGCUGCGGAAUUUUUAAAUGACAGAAUUCCUAACUGCAAUGUAGUUCCACAUUUCAACAAGAUUCAGGAUUUUAAUGAUAUUUUCUAUCGACAAUUUCAUAUAAUCGUAUGUGGCUUGGACUCUAUCAUAGCCAGAAGAUGGAUAAAUGGCAUGCUGAUAUCACUUCUCAAUUAUGAGGAUGGUGUGUUAGAUCCAAGCUCCAUUGUCCCUUUGAUAGAUGGGGGAACAGAAGGCUUUAAAGGGAAUGCCCGAGUGAUUCUGCCUGGUAUGACUGCUUGUAUUGAAUGCACACUGGAACUGUAUCCACCACAGGUCAAUUUCCCCAUGUGCACCAUUGCAUCUAUGCCCAGGCUACCAGAGCACUGUAUUGAGUAUGUCAGGAUACUACAGUGGCCCAAGGAGCAGCCUUUUGGAGAAGGGGUUCCAUUAGAUGGAGAUGAUCCUGGCCAUAUCCAGUGGAUUUUUGAAAAAUCCCAAGAAAGAGCAUCUCAAUACAACAUUAAGGGUGUUACAUAUAGACUCACUCAAGGGGUGGUAAAACGAAUCAUUCCUGCAGUAGCUUCCACAAAUGCAGUCAUUGCAGCUGUGUGUGCCACUGAGGUUUUUAAAAUAGCCACAAGUGCAUACAUUCCUCUUAAUAAUUACUUGGUAUUUAAUGAUGUAGAUGGACUGUACACAUACACGUUUGAAGCAGAGAGGAAGGAAAACUGUCCAGCUUGUAGCCAGCUUCCUCAAAAUAUUCAGUUUUCUCCAUCAGCUAAACUGCAGGAGGUUUUGGAUUAUCUAACCAAUAGUGCAUCUCUGCAGAUGAAAUCUCCAGCCAUCACAGCCACAUUAGAGGGGAAAAAUAGAACACUUUACUUACAGUCAGUAACUUCUAUUGAAGAGCGAACAAGGCCAAAUCUCUCCAAGACACUGAAAGAAUUGGGACUUGUUGAUGGGCAAGAACUGGCAGUUGCUGAUGUCACUACACCACAGACUGUACUAUUCAAACUUCAUUUUACUUCUUAAAGAAAAUAAAUCUGCAUAUAAUAGUAGACUCAAAGAAGUACACUUCAUGGAUGCUUAAAGUUUAAUUCAUGUCAUUAUUAGCAUUGCCGGAAUUUCACUUUUUUAAUAUGAUGAGCCAUUCUUUUUUAAUUUUAUAACUUUCCCUUGAAGACUGAAUUUGGGGGGGUUAGAGCUUAUAAGCAUUUUCAUUAAUAAUUGGAAGUGAUGCCUGGAGAGAGCAAUUACAAGCAAAUGUAUUGCUUCUUUUGAGGCAACAAACAGUCUCUUAUGCGUGAAUUUUGUUAUUAUGGUCAAAGAACAUAUUUCUCAGUUUUCAUUUCAGCACCCAUAUAUCCAGAAGACGUUUCUCUAAAGGAAAUAAAAUUAAGUUUUCAAUGACAUCAAAAUUAAAACUCAAUCUAAAGCAUAUUGAACCUAGACUACUUAUUGCUUGAUUUAAUAUUCAUUUAAUGGUGGCUGUUCAAAUGAAUAUUAAUUAUUGCAAAGGUUACUUUGUCUUUCAUAAUCUGUAAAUGGUGAUAUAGCUCAAUACCUGUGCAUGGAAAUGGGAAGUAUUUUUAUGUGUUUACUUGCAGUGCCAUAGAGGCCAGUAUCCACAACAUUAAGGCCAAGACAUGGAUGUUUAAAGAAUUUAAUGUUUAAACAGUUAUCACUGAUGCUUUCGCACUAUUUAUUAAUAAAAUCAUAUGUUGUCUACCUUC